CGCCUAUCUGAGCGUGUGUGCCUGUGUUUACAUGCCAUCUUUUUAUCUGAAGCCCGAAUGCCCGCAUCUAGAGGACCUGCACCUUCCGGCGCUCCGUUCUAAAUGGUUCCUGUGUCUGUAGGGGCUCCUCGUUUCCCUAUGACUGUCUUCAAAGGCCUUAGAAUCUCUCUCCAGCACUCAAAGGCAAUUUGGAUUUAACACCGAUUGUGGCAGCAUGGAAUAGCCUCACGUUUGGAUUCUCUGCAUGACGAUUGUGCAGGUAACCAAUAGGAUGGUGGCGGGGGAGGCAGGCGGGCCCAACUACCUGGUGGCGUGCUGGCAGCCCAUCCUGCUCCUGAUGCUGGGCACCGUGCUCUCGGGCUCUGCCACCGGCUGCCCGUCGCGCUGCGAGUGCAACGGCCAGGAGCGCUCGGUCGUCUGCCACCGCCGGAAGCUGACCGCUCUCCCCGAGGGCGUCCCCAUGGAGACGCGACUGUUAGACCUCAGCAAAAACCGCCUGAAGACCAUCAACCCCGAGGAGUUCGUCAGCUACCCGCACCUGGAGGAGCUGCAGCUGAACGAGAACAUCAUCUCCGUCAUCGAGCCGGGAGCCUUCGCCAAUCUCUACGGCUUGCGGACGUUGGGCCUGCGCAACAAUAAGCUCAAGCUCAUCCAGCUGGGGGUCUUUACGGGAUUAAGCAACCUGACCCACCUGGACAUCAGCGAGAACAAGAUCGUCAUCCUGCUGGACUACAUGUUCCAGGACCUGUACAACCUCAAGUCGCUGGAGGUGGGCGACAACGACCUGGUGUUCAUCUCGCACCGCGCCUUCCACGGCCUGAGCGGCCUGGAGCAGCUGACCAUCGAGAAGUGCAACCUGACCGCGCUGCCCAAAGAGGCCUUGAGCCACGUCCACAACCUGCUGACGCUCCGGCUGCGCCACCUCAACAUCAACGCCAUCGGGGAUUACUCGUUCCGGAGACUCUAUCGGCUCCAGGUGCUGGAGAUCGUGCACUGGCCUCUCCUGGACACCAUGACCGCCAAGUCCCUCUACGGGCUUAACAUCACCACCUUGUCCAUCACCCACUGCAAUCUCACGGCCGUCCCUUACCAAGCUAUCCGCCACCUGGUGUACCUCCGCACCCUCAAUUUGUCGUUCAACCCGAUUCACACGAUCGAGGGGAACCUGCUGCACCACUUGCUCAGGCUCCAGGCCUUCCACUUAGUCGGGGGCAGACUGGCUGCCAUCGAGCCUUACUCCUUCAGAGGGCUCAACUAUCUCAAAGUUCUCAACGUGUCAAGCAAUAACCUCAGCACUUUAGAGGAGUCCGCCUUUCACUCGGUCGGCAACCUGGAGACGCUGGCGCUCCACGACAACCCUUUGGCCUGCGACUGCCGCCUCCUGUGGGUGUUCCGUCGCCGCUGGAGGCUCAACUUCAAUCGCCAGCAGCCCGCGUGCGCCUCGCCCGAGUCCGUGCAGGGCAAGGAGUUCAAGGACUUCCCCGACAUCCUGCCGCCCCACUACUACACCUGCCUCAAGUCCAAGAUCCGGGAGCGCAAGGCCCAGCACAAGUUCGUGGACGAGGGCACCACGGUCAAUUUCGCGUGCCAGGCCGACGGCGAUCCCGUCCCGGUGAUCAUCUGGCAGACGCCGCGGAAGCAGUUCGUCACCGUCAAAACGAUCGGGCGACUCAGCGUCUCCGCAGACGGCACCCUGGAGGUGCGCUACGCCCAGAUCCAAGACAAUGGCACGUACACGUGCAUCGCCAGCAACGCGGGGGGAAACGACACCCGCCUCGCCCAUCUGCAUGUGCAGAGCUACUCCCCCAACUGGCCCCAUCAGCCGAAUAAAACAUUCGCCUUCAUCUCCAAUCAGCCCAGCGACAGUGGCGCCAACGCCACCCGAGGAAUAGUGCCCUUCCCGUUCGACGUGAAAACUCUGAUCAUCGCCACCACCAUGGGAUUUAUCUCGUUCCUCGGCGUCGUGCUCUUUUGUCUCGUUCUCCUCUUCCUCUGGAGCAGAGGGAAAGGCAACGCCAAGCCAAACAUCGAGAUUGAGUAUGUACCUAGGAAGACAGAUGCGGGUGAGAGCAGCCCGACCGAGGGGCCCCGUAAAAUCAAUAUGAAAAUGAUGUAAGAACAAAGUGAUAGGUGAAUGAACAGUCUAUUUGAAAGCCAUGGGGCUGGUUAUGUGUCGAACCUAUUAGAGAUAUAAAUAUCUUUGGGGGAAAAAAUAAGCCAACUUCUCAGUGUUUUAAAGAUUUCCAUCAACGGGUUCCUAACAGUGCACACCUGGAUGGGAUUACUGGAACCCGAGUCUGUGUGGAUUUGUAUGGGCAAUAGAUUGUUUCAAACUGAAUACAAUUCACUUUCCUUUCUGUGUGAGCCAGAACUCAAAAGGCAGAUUGUUAUUGGGGUCUGUUCUUUUGUCUGUGUUUUCUUGUACAUUGUUAUUUCUAUGUACAUAGGGCAAUGCACUUGUUGUAUGCUAAUGUUAAAAAGAUGUUCAUGGGUUGGUGAGCCUAUUAGCGUGCAUGUAUUGUAUAAGCACAGGUCAAAUACAUGCCAACACAAAAGAUGACACCACCAUAAAAUCUCCAUUGUGAUUUCGGUGACAAUUUACAUUACAUGGCCCUUAUUACACUGUUACAGUGCCAGUCAGUGCAAUGCAACAUGCUAGUAGUCAAUGUGAAACAGCACAUUGAACCUUUGUAGUCACACAUCAGAACCCAACAUCCCAAAACUGUAACUGUACAGUAUUAGUGGCCUGUCACUUAUAACUGAUCAUUACUUAAUAUAUUACACUGUAACAAGGGCUAUAUAAUGUAAACUGUGACCAUGAUUUGUUUAAAGAAAAUGAGACAACUACAUUACAAAUAUUUGAAAUAUAAAAAAUAUGCUUGACAAUCAUAUUAUAAAGGUCAAGUGUUAAAUGCUUAAAAAAAAGUUCCAUGCCAAGUUAUUACUGACUUAUUGACAUCCGCUUAAACAAAUUUGGCCAGAUGUAGCUUUUUGGUUCUUAAGGCUACAAAGCAGAGGUACAUACUUGGUAGCCAUAAUGUGAAGGGCACAUCUGGUGAUACAAAAGCAUUCAAGUCUCUAUUUAUGAGUUGGUAUACUCUGCCUUUUCUUUCUCCCUUGUUUUCAGCAUAACUAACAAACAUUGUAAAACAGGGUUUUGUAUUUGUUGAGAACUGUCUUGUGCUGUUCUUGGUUUCACAAGCCAUGGAUAACUCUGGGGGAAGAGUGUUUAUCAAACCUUGAAAUGCCAUCCUCACUGAUUUUGGGAUAUAAAAAAUGUACAACAUUAAAAUGGUAAG